UAUUCAAGGGGGCAAGUAAAUUAACAUACAUUUUUUUUUUCUGUGUACUGUCCUUUCAUUUGAAUGGCUUUUUCAGAAGAAAUAUUUAUCAAAACGUUUUGCUAUGGUCGUCAAAGGACUUUUGAAAAAAUACCAAUUGGAGAAGAUGUCAGGCUCAAGCCCAAGAAAUGCGAGUCUUGGUUCAAAGGCCGAAAUGUCACAGUGGCUGUUUUUGGGUUUCUACCUUUCUUUACUUUUUUACCAGAUGGCAGUGUAGGCGGUGGAGAAGCUGAUGUCAUUCAGAUUCUGGCCCAACAUUAUGGCUUUCAUGUCAACUUCGAAUUUGAGGCGGCAGGAGGGGCCGAGAAAGUCAUCGAUGAGAACGGCAAUGAAAAGUGGAUUGGCAUUGUCGGCAAGGUACAAAAUGGCUCAGCUCAAUUGGGUGCUGGUGUGCUUUUUAUGGAUUUUGAGUACAGCAAUGCGGUCGAUUUCAAUGGGGUUCUCCACCAAGUUAUGGUGAAGAUCAUGUCGCCAAAAGCCAAACCCCUUAAGCCAUACUUCAACCUUCUUCGACCAUUUCCAUUGCGGGUUUGGAUCCCUAUUUUUGCGGUCCUUUUUCUCACCAUUGUGGUGUACCCAAUUCUCACUAAGCCGUUUUCUCAGGAUCCCAAUGCCAUUCGUGACGGAUUGAUCAUAUAUGGUCUCACCUUCUAUCAAAGUUAUAGAGUUUCGGUUCCUGAUAAAUGGGCUCCAAGGUUAUUUCUUCUGGCAAAUUUCUUCUAUCUCUUCUUUCUCUUCUCGUCUUACGAAUGUAACUUACGUGCUUACUUGAUGUCAGUUGAUUAUGAACCCGUGGUAAAUUCUGAGAAGGAUCUCUUGACCAUGAAUAAGGAAAUAUUUUUGCCUGUCUCCACAUCUUUCAUCUCCAUGUAUCAGUUCUCAACGCUCGAGAUCCGCCAAAAAAUUUGGAACAAAGUCGAAACCAACAAUCUUUUCUAUCACCCAUUUGAGGAGUUCAUGACAAAGACCUUUGAGGAGAAAAUCAUUCAACGUCAGGCUUCGUUUCUUAUGAGUCCAGAAAUGGCGCUGGUCUCGUUCCCAGAGUUCGAAAAGCGUCAUGGCUAUCAACCUUUUCACAUGAG